AACGUAAGUGUUAGCAAAGCUAGAUUCAACGAACUGCGGCAAGCGUAGCGUUGCUAAGCCGAAACAAACGUCAUACAGAAGGUGUACCGCUUGGUCACGAAUAGUUGCUGUUAACCACCUAGUAAAUAUCUAAUUUUAAAGUGAGUAAUAACAACAAACGAAGCGCUACAGCUGUAAGCGCGUCAGGUAACAUUAAAUUGAAUGGUGACAGCCAGGAGGAGGUGGGUCUAGCUUCUUAGGCCAGCCUAGCUAACGUUAGCUAGCUAGGUAGCAGUGGCGCUAUUUCUCAAAGCCUGGUAGAUUUCCAACUGGCGUCAUACCGGACGAACGUAUCCGGUGUGUUAGCACAGCUUGUAAUGUUAAUGAUUCAGGAUGGAAACUGGCCCAGGAUACGAGAAACUGGACUGGAGCAUAUUCCGAGUGUCUGGCCUUCCUGCCUUUGCCUACAGUAGGAAGUUUGGUGCCUGUUUUGGGCCGUGCAUGUUUGUUCCUCACCAGUGAUUCCUUAUGCUUGAGAGAAGCUGCACCUUGUGUCUUACAGGAUGGAUGGUGUGGACUUAAAGAGACUUGUUUGUCAACAUCAGCACUCUGUGUUCUGCUGUGGUGUUCAGUCUUUUACCAUUUACAAGAGAACACCUCCCAUCCUACACCUCCCAUCUCUGCACUAUCUAUAUAUAAAGACCGUCUUUGAGCAAUAAAACAGUCAGCUGGAGAUAGAAGUUGUAGGACUUUCUAUCUUUUUUUUCUUUUUAAAGCACAGAUCGAUACUGCUUGUAUAAGCCUAUAUGGCGGACAUGGAAGUAUCCUUAUUUUAAUUUUUCAGUCAGUGUACCCCCUUACUCCUAGUGUGGGUGGUGGGAUGUCGGAAAAGCCAGACGACAAAAUGGUGAAGUUCCUGGCUCCCCCUCAGAAGAGUGGAAAUGGCCCCAGCUCUGGUUCAGAUUCGAUGGUGAGCGAGUGUCGGCCAACAGAAGUGCGACGCCGCCAUCACACCAUGGAACGUGAUCGAUGUAACCCUGAACACCGUUUCUUGCGUCGCAGUGUCAUCAGUGAUUCCAAUGCUACAGCAUUGGCCCUCCCUUUACCUAGCAAGAUCCCCAUCCCUGCACCUCAACGGGUUCAAGUACGAGAAGCCGUCCCCCAGCGGCAACAGGCUGCUGCUCCUCAUUUGCCGCAGACAGAACUAAGUUUAGCUAAACAUAAGUCCGCUGAUAGUGGAAGAGGAAGACAAGAAGGACAAGAAAUAGCCAAGGUGGAUGUAGUGCCUUCAGAGCAGGAGCCUGCCAUCGUCCCAGAUACCUGUGAUGGAGAGGUGGUGGUAGCAGCCCGCUCCAUACCGAGUUUAGGAACAGAAUUGCCUAGUCAAACAGAACCUGAAAGCACCACUGAGGUUAAGUCACAUCAAGAAGAGGGGGAGGAAGAAGAUAAGGAUUCUGCCAAGGCAAGAGCAGAGGCAGAGCAGAGAGAAGCUGAGAAAAAGGUGCAAGAAGACAUUGAAGAGGCAGAGACCAAAGCAGUGGGAACAUCACCAGAUGGGCGUUUCCUAAAGUUUGAUAUAGAAAUCGGCCGUGGCUCCUUCAAGACUGUCUACAAGGGCUUGGACACUGAGACCACCGUGGAAGUGGCUUGGUGUGAGCUACAGGAUCGUAAGCUGUCGAAAACAGAGAGGCAGCGCUUUAAGGAGGAAGCAGGGAUGCUAAAGGGACUACAGCAUCCCAACAUUGUCCGCUUUUACGACUCCUGGGAGGGACCCUCCAAAGGCAGGAAGUGCAUUGUACUGGUCACUGAACUCAUGACUUCUGGCACACUCAAAACAUAUCUGAAGAGGUUCAAGGUGAUGAAAAUUAAAGUGCUGCGCAGCUGGUGUAGACAAAUCCUCAAGGGGCUCCACUUCCUUCAUACUCGGGCUCCCCCCAUCAUCCAUAGGGACCUUAAGUGCGACAAUAUUUUCAUCACAGGCCCAACAGGAUCUGUCAAGAUUGGAGACUUGGGACUGGCCACACUCAAGCGCGCAUCAUUUGCGAAGAGUGUUAUAGGUACCCCUGAGUUCAUGGCGCCUGAGAUGUAUGAGGAGAAGUACGACGAGUCAGUGGAUGUGUAUGCCUUUGGAAUGUGCAUGCUGGAGAUGGCCACCUCAGAGUACCCUUACUCAGAGUGCCAGAAUGCUGCACAGAUCUACCGCAGAGUCACUAGCGGGGUGAAGCCGGGCAGCUUCGACAAGGUGGCCAUUCCUGAAGUGAAGGAGAUCAUCGAGGGUUGCAUUCGCCAGAACAAGGACGAGAGGUACUCGAUCAAGGACCUGCUGAACCAUGCCUUCUUCCAGGAGGACACAGGGGUGCGUGUGGAGUUGGCAGAGGAGGACGAUGGAGAGAUGGAGGCUAUUAAGCUGUGGCUGAGAAUUGAAGAUGUAAAGAAACUCAAGGGGAAGUACAAAGACAACGAAGCUAUUGAGUUUUCUUUUGACCUCAACAAAGACGUCCCAGAUGAUGUGGCUCAGGAAAUGGUUGAGUCUGGUUAUGUGUGCGAUGGUGACCACAAGACCAUUGCGAAGGCCAUAAAGGACAGGGUGUCUCUAAUCAGCCGCAAGAGAGCACAGCGGCAGCAGGUCAGAGAAGAUCUGGAGAAAAGAAGAAUAGAAGAAGAACAGCAGAGUCGGUCACUACCAGCACAGCAACCAGGCCAACAGUCAAGCACGGAGGUGCCUCAGUCCCAGCCAGUGCCACAGCCUGGUCCUUAUGUCCCUCCACAACCAAACCAACACAGCACACAGAUGUCUGCCCAACCUGCAUCUCAGCAGAGCCACCAGAGCUCUAACUAUAACACUCCUCAGUCAACCCAACUGACAAGCAUGGCACAGGGGGUGCCUUACAUCCCCCAGUCAACUGGGCAAGUCCCACUUCCAGUUCAGGGUCAGAGUGUGGCCCCCACCCAGCCAGAGCCAGAGGUGCCAGAGGCUGACCAACACCAACAACUACAGCACACUGGAGGAGCCACUCACAUGGGAGACAGAGUACCUGGUUCCACCAUCCCUCCUGAGGUCCAGCCCUCUCAGUCUGGAAUACCCUACAGCUCCCCUCCCAGUCAGCACCUUCAGCCCCAGGUGUCAUGCCCACAGACACAAAACGACCAAACGCAGCAGCAGUUGACAGUGGUUCAGCCCCAGCCUGAAGUUGUUCCGGUUGCACCUAGCGGCCAGUCUGCUCCAGUGGCACCUCCACAGUACGGAGUUUACUACCAACCAUCGCUUCCCCCUCAGAUUCCCAAUCAGCAAGUGAUGAUACCCCCGUCCUCUCAGUCAUCUCCCCCUCAACAGCAGCAGCAACCAGAGAGCAGCACCACUCUUCAGAGCUCCACUGUACCACAGGCGCAGACUGGAGCUCAGCAGCUACAGUCUUGGGCCAAUGAUCCAAGUCCUAUCCUGUCACCUCCUCUCAACGCAGAGCACCUAUACUUCCUGUAUCAGGCCUCGUGCCUUUCUGUUCUGCAGGCCCCUGUGAGUGUUCCUCAGUCGUCAUCAGUGGAGCAGCCUGGAUCGUCUGCUCUGGUGCCACCAACUGUAGAAAGCUGCCUGUCAGACGCAGCUUCAGGUCUCAGUGACGGUAACGAUGGAAGUUCUACAUCAGGAGGUCGCCAUGAGGGCCGCUCACUGAAACGUCACCAGCGGCGAUCUGUACGCAGCCGCUCCCGCCAUGAGAAGACUGCAAAGGCCAAGCUAAAUGUUCUCAGUAUCUCUAAUGUGGGAGACAGAGUAGCAGAGUGUCAGCUGGAAACACACAACAGGAAGAUGGUGACCUUCAGAUUUGACCUUGAUGGCGAUAAUCCGGAGGAGAUUGCAAAGAUCAUGGUUGAGAGUGAGUUUAUCUUGGAGAGUGAGCGGGAGUCCUUCAUCGAGCAGGUCCGUGAAGUCAUUGAAAUGGCUGAUGAGAAAGGAGAGGGCAUGAAGGAAGGCUUUCCUCAGAUGAGUGAUCACCAACAACAGCCUGAGCUGUCUGUUCCCAUGCUGCCAGGCAUUUCCCCGAGCACUACAGCCCAGGUUGUGCAUUCAGCAGGACGACGGUUCAUAGUCAGCCCAGUGCCAGAGUCUCGUCUUAAAGAACAGUUCUUUGGCACUUCUUCUGCUAAUACCUCCUUUGGAGAUGAACCAGCUCCCUCUGUGCCACUGGGCCUCUCUCUGUCUGCUCCAUCUGGCACUCUCCAGCAGGCUUUCAGUAAAAUGAAGCAGGCUCGUGUAGAGAGAGGUGCCACCCUUGAUCCCUCUGCUACUGAGCAAGAGCCAGGCCCUGUCCCGACCAAUGAGGCUGGACUCGGCCCAAACUCUAACAAUAUCCCGGCUCCGCAAGAAGCUGUCGCUUCCACUGCUAACACUACUUUUCCUGGUGUGCCUCUCACAUCCACUGCGACAUCCUCGCCACCUCCUUCAACUGGAAGGGUUUCCCCUCCACCUGCAUCUCAGUCCCAAACCCCAGCUCCUGUCACCAGUGAUGCCAGUCCACUUCCUCAUUCAUCCCAUGAAACAGCACCCUCGCAGCUCCCACCAGCCGCCAACAUCCCACCCACAUCUUCCACCAUUUCUCCUCCAUCAGUGCAGACCUCCGUCCCUGCAGUACCUGGGCCUCAGUUGAGCAGUAGCUCUGUCUCUUCUGUUGCUGGUGUUACAUCCAGUGGUACUGGCCCUGUCCCUGCGUCAGAGCAGCAGCCCUUUAAUAGUGCUGUUUCGUCCUCUCAGCCUGUGAAUUCGUCCAUCCAUGCACCACAGCACACAAACACCCAGUCUCAGCCUGUCCCCAUUUCUGCUCAGCCCCCUCCUCCCUCCACGUUACCUAGUCAGAGCCAGGUCCAGCCACAGCCAGUGGAGUCAGAGGGAGCCGAGCUCCAGAACAAGGCCGCUGGCAGAGAUGAUAUCCAAGCUCUAGACAAGAAGCUCCGGUCUCUCUUUAAAGAUCAGAGCACGACCUCUGCAUCAGUGGAUCAGAACACAGGCACUUCCUCUCCUCCCACUGGCACUUCUUCCCCUCCACCUGGAGUUGCCAUGGUGCCUCCAUCUAACCUUCCCCUCACCUCUGGGGUGCAGAGUGUCAUGGGCCCCACUACCACCCCAGGACAGGGUGUUACCCCGGCAGGACAGACACCUCCAACUAAGCCCAGGGCACAGACUUUGCCGACUGGUUUUGAUCAAGCUGCUACACCUCCCUCUGAACUUGUACCGCCAUUUCCUGGACCAAAUCAGUCACAGCAGCCCCUGGGUAAUUUGGAUGCCCAGUUAAGGAGAGCUCUGAGCCCAGAGACUGUUCAGGGAGGUAACAGGGUCCAGCCUCCAGCAGCAGGUUUCACUCUGGGACGUUUCCAAGUGUCCGUUGCUACUGAUGGUGCAUCCAACAGCGUCCCAGAUCCCUCAAGCAUUGUCUCCUCUGCAUCGCUCACGCCGUCCUCUACUUCCUCCUCCUCCUCCUCUUCUUCCUCUUCCUCCUCUUCCUCCCCCUCAAGUCCAGAAAAUACCCUCCACCGGUCAUCAUCUCUGUCCAAAGGAGUUUGUGAAACUGACGCUCUAAAUGGAGCCCCCUCUCUCUCUGCUGACCCUGCCAGUCAGCCGACCACUAUUGGGCGUUUCCAAGUGUCCUCGAGCACCAGUGCCACAUCUGGGCCAACCACUGGCUCUAAAGUGGGACGUUUUUCCGUCACAGUGACCCCGGCUCCAGCAGGAGGCUCCAGUCCAACACAUGGCUCCAGUAUGCAGAACGGUCCCUCAUCCUCAACGUCUGAACCUCAUAACACACACACCCAUUACAGUAGUGACAAUGAUGACGACUCUGAGACCGAGGACGAAGCUCUACAGAAAGAAAUCAGCCGUCUCAGAGAAAAACAUAUGAUGGAGAUUCAGACAUUGCAGGCUCGUCAGAAACAGGAGGUAGAGGCCGUGUUUUUGCGAAUGGGAAAACCUCCUCCUCCCUCUGUGUUCUCCCCUGCUGUGGCGAUGGCUGGAGGUCGACGAAGGCUCAAAAGCAAAAGCCACAAAUCUGCUCGUAGUAGUGGACAGCCCAGCCCUGUACACUCAGGAUCCCCAGCCUCAACUCAGAGUCUUCAUGUUUCAGAGUCCUCUCCAAAGCAAAGUUCAGCCUCAGCAACAGAGGCCUCAGAAACAGCAACAGAGGCAUCAGAAACAGCAACAGAGGCAUCACAAGUAGUUAACAGGUCAUCCGUGAAGCAGCUUAGAACCUCUCCAUCCAUGCCCAGCCUCAGUAGCUGCUCCACAGGAUCAAGUGGAGCCAGCUCCACAAACGGAUCAGGCCUCUGCCAGAACCACUCUUCUCUGGCCCAGGCAAGUGGACCCACUCCUUCCUCGUCUCACACGCAGAAGGGCAAGGGCACCUUUACUGAUGACCUGCACCAACUGGUGGAUAACUGGGCCAGGGACGCCAUCAGCCUCUCCCAGUGCAAGAGAGGUCCUAAAACUGGAGCACAAGCACCACUGGGUCAUGACAUUAUCCCUCCAGCCAACAUGGGCCGUAAAUUCUCAGCUCCUGGCUACCUCUGCCCAACACUUCCCACGCCUUCCAACACCACGUCCACCACGUCCACUCACCUCCCCAAUCCAGCCAACCCCUCUGUCCCUUUGGGGCCGCGUAAAGGCUCUCUGGGCCCAGUUGCGCAAGGGUUCGGAUACGCCUCAGCCCCAUACAGUGCUCCUCAGUGGGCAGGACCCACAGGCACAUGCCAGGUCAACAUGCUUAACCCCGCACAGCCACUAACGCAGUACCAGCCGCCUACAACAGCCUCAGUGUCCCUGCACCAAGGCUACCACAUGGGAACCACAUCCGCCCCCCAGAACAACCCCGGAGGGUCCAACCUGAGGCCUACGUAGCCCAGUUGUUGCCCUGGUCCACGCUGAGACGGAGGGCCACACAGGGCAGACAGUCACUGAACGAGAACCACUAGCUCUCUGUGCAGUUUGCUGGUUAGCUGGCUGGAUAUUGUGCUUUUUAUUUCAACUUUUAUUAUUACAUGUUUCUUUCUGUAAUAAAGUUGACCUGUGUGGUUCGAGUCCUCUCGGGCGGAACGAAAUCUGCCUGGCAAAUUGGAGGGAGAGUGCAAUACAUAUCCACGGCACAAGAGUCUCACACUUGGCCUGCCAUCAGCUGUGGAACUGAGCUGUGACGAGUCGGUUGGUCGUGUCUGGUGACGUAAUGACCCAAAAGCGUAACCAACAGCAGCCAAAGAUGUCUUUGAGAGCAGACGUUGCAAUGUUGUCAUUCCUUUUGGAGAGGAGAAGGUAGGAAGGAUUCUGGUUCACAUCCUUACUGGUCCUGACUUUAAGCCAAGCUGGGACUGAUGACAUAUUACCACAUAGACAUACGUGCGCACAACUGACUAAACAUUAAGCUGGUGGAGUGACUUGGGAUAGAAGGUUGUUUCAGAGAGCAAGGAGGGAGUGUACAGAAAGUGGGAGAUAGGAGUGGGACGAUUAGUUUGUCCCAGAUGGAAUAGCAAAGUGUGAUUGGUUGAGUUGGGAGAAGAAAGACAUAGUAAGUUAGGCAGGAGUGUAACAGAUAGAGUUUGGGUAUGAACACAUCCCAGUGGCUACCUAUUGAGUAAAAUGCAAUAAUGGCAAAGAGUAGAUAAACUGUCCCUUGUAACUGUGGCCUUAAUCCCAGAACACGUUCAAACAUUGACUUUGUACAUAGAUAUUUCUUCACUGGGUUAUGAUUCCAUGUCUCGCAUAUUUAUGUCCCUGUGAGAGUGUAUUGACUUUGUGAUUUGAGUUGUCCAUCCAUACAGAUUUAUUAUUAUACUGAGUUGUUUUUCACGUCUGAUUCGCAAGUCAGUGGAUCUGCCACAUUUAAAAAAAGCAUUGUCCUGGUGUUGACCACCACUCGCAGUGUGAAACUUAAGAGGUGAUGCUGCUGUAAAUCACAAUCUGGUUGAGGGUGUUAGCAGGGUGUUUGUUUUUUUUUGUUUUGUUUUUUACACAAGGAUGAAAAAAGAAUCCCAAUUUCACUUAGUUCUGAUAUAAGCAGGUCAAAUUUGCUCAUCAUAUCACAGAAACAGGACAAAUUUUGGUUUAUUGCAUUAGUAUUUGUGGGAGGUUUCAGUCUCCACUUCUCCCAGUUGUUUACACAGACGGUGCACAGACGAACAGGUCGUUGGUGAAGUCACAUUAAAAUAUCUCCGCUCAUAACAUUUAGCCAUCACCUCUCGAAUUACAAGUGUCUGGGGUUCUCUCUUCCUGUGGUCUGUUUUGUAUGCGUAUAUUUAAUAAAACAAAUGUUCUUUAUGGACCUGUAUUCAGCCAUCAGAUUUUGAUGUUGUUUCACUGUAAUUAUUAUUAAAGGUUGUUAAACAACAUGUAGUUAAAGGAAUAUAAAAAGUGCAAUUGCAGGGUUGUUGUCGUUGGUAUCCUACCCACCACGCAGGAGAGGUCCUGUGGUUUAUUAAGCUCUUCUCUCUAUGACUGCCCUGCCCCCCCGCCCCCCCCACACCCCCUUUUUUUUCUAUUUUAUUGUACAUAUGUUAAUGUGAGUUAAAUGCUUUCAUGUAUUGCUCCGUCACUAGAGUAUGCUUGUGGUGACCCACUCUACAUGCACACGCACUCUAACCUGUAAACAUGAGGAACACUUUAGUGCCUUGCAUCCUCACUAAUGACAAGUUCCAGACUCAUCUCGUCCCGUCGCUGUGACUGUACUGCAGAAAAAAACAGUUAGCUUAAACCUGUACAUGAUGUAAAAAACACACAACAGGUGGCUUCAUGACUGACACACACACACACACAUACACACACACACACAGAGGAUGUAACACUGACAACAUCAGACGAGACACCGCACGGGGCUUCAGAACAAAGAGCACACUAGUAAUGUGGAAGCGUUUCUGUUCUCUCUACAGUUCCAUUUGUGUCGGUUGCGUAAUCAGCUGUGUUUAUAUAUUUGGCUCACACGUACAUGGAUUUGGCUGACAUUUGUUUUUGUGGAUUGAUCAUUAAACUGUUUUCAGACGCACUUGUUCAGGCAGCAAGUGAGCUGUGUAAAGGUUUAAACGUUGUCACGCUGGUUUAACUUUUGUCUCAGCACCUCACACGAGUGCCAUGCCGUCAUUGUGGCUCUUUCGCCUGCUCGUAGAUUGGAUGAAUAGUUAAACUUCUCUAGAGAAAAAAUAAGUUACUGCAAUGCAGAAUAUGCAAUGUUUAAAGUUUUAAAGGGACUGAGGGGUAAUGGAAACAUUUGCAUGCUGAUGAGGGUUGUUACUGACUUUAAUGUUUUUGAUAUUGGACUAUUAGAUCUUUUUUUUUAUUAUUAUCAUUAUUAUUAUUUGCCUUUCUGAGUGAUCACAAGGUGUUGAUCUGUUCAUUGCCAUUUACCAAUAUCACAGGCACAACUUCAAUAUCAGACUAUCAGCGUAUGAUUUCUGCAUGCCGGCUUCACUGGUGUUUAAUCUUACAACCAACUCACAUCUGGCUCCUGUACAGCACAAGCUCACAGCAAAGCUUUUAAAGUCCAUAUGCUCUUAUCAUCAUUAAUUAUUAUCACACACCUCUACAGUUCUGUUUGAGGCUACUGACACGCAAUUCUAUCUGUUGAGCUCUAAUUUCUGAUCCCUCCUUACUGACCUCCUGUGAUUCAGUGUCUGUUUUGUGUAUGUUUUUCACAUUGUACAAAAUGUAAAAACAAAUAAAAAUAAUAUCAA